ACAAGCAUCCUCAGCGGCUGCAUUUCCUCUGAUUUAACGUUUGGUAUUGAAGAAAGCGCCCCUGUCAUUUUUGUAAAUAAUUAUUUUUUGUAUUAAGGUCCUCAAAAUGCCGGAUUUGGCUGUAGAAAAAGUUGUUGUGCAUCCACUGGUUCUGCUGAGCGUUGUAGAUCAUUUUAACAGAAUUGGAAAAGUUGGAAGCCAGAAAAGAGUCGUCGGAGUACUGCUUGGCUCUUGGCAUAAAAAGAUUCUCGAUGUGUCUAACAGUUUUGCAGUACCUUUUGAUGAAGACGAUAAAGACGACUCUGUGUGGUUCCUGGACCAUGACUACCUGGAGAAUAUGUAUGGAAUGUUCAAAAAAGUCAAUGCUAGAGAAAGAAUAGUCGGAUGGUACCACACUGGUCCAAAACUACACAAGAAUGAUAUUGCAAUCAAUGAGCUUAUGAAGCAAUACUGCGCAAACUCGGUUUUGGUCAUUAUUGAUGUGAAACCCAAAGACUUGGGCCUACCAACUGAAGCCUACAUCUCGGUGGAGGAAGUGCAUGAUGAUGGAACACCAACAUCAAAAACAUUUGAGCAUGUCACCAGUGAGAUUGGAGCCGAAGAGGCCGAGGAAGUUGGUGUUGAGCAUUUGCUUCGAGACAUCAAGGACACCACUGUGGGGACAUUGUCUCAGCGCAUCACCAAUCAGGUCCAUGGUCUGAAAGGCCUCAACUCCAAGCUGUUAGACAUCAAGAGCUACCUGGAGAAGGUCGCAACAGGAAAGUUACCAAUAAACCAUCAGAUUAUCUACCAGUUGCAAGACGUAUUCAAUUUAUUACCAGAUGUCAACCUGCAGGAGUUCAUCAAAGCCUUUUAUCUGAAGACCAAUGACCAGAUGCUGGUCGUCUACCUGGCCUCGCUUAUUCGCUCUGUGGUGGCCCUCCAUAACCUCAUCAACAACAAGAUCGCUAACCGUGAUGCUGAGAAGAAAGAGGGUCAGGAAAAGGAUGACAGCAAGAAAGAGAAGAAAGAAGACAAAGACAAGGAGAAGGACAAAGACAAGGAGAAGGACAAGGGAGAUUCUGCAGCAAAGAAAGAUGAGAAAAAAGAAAAGAAAUGAACUUUAAAACCUGACAUGGACUGACACCAUUUUGGCUAAUAUAAGGAUGCCACCCCCACCCCCCCUGCAGGUUUUGUCAAGUCUCAACUCCAUCUCUUCAUGAUAAAUGUAUAGUCUUUGUUUAAAAGCAGCUACUUAAAGGUUAUUGUUUCCAUAUUUGCACCUAUUUACCAUUACUGUUAAAAGUACAGUGUCAAAAACCAGGUCUGUGUUUUGAUGUUUUAUUGAUUAAUAUUGAAGAUUUUCAAUUUUUUUUCCACUACAUAAAUACAUACAUAAAUGUGCAUAUUCCUUAAAUAUAACUUCUGAAGAACUUUAUUCCACCAUCUAUAGUUCUGAAAACAGCAUUUCAAUGAACACAAAACAGUAAAUCGAAUAAAGUUUUCUCUUACCAUUA